AUGGCAGAUGAAGAUAAAGAUGCAUUUGGUUCUCUAGAUCCAAAGGAUGUGCUCCGUAGCUGCUAUUUUAUCCCAUCUUUUGCAGAGGGCAAGGUUCACGCAGAUAGCAUUGGUAUUUCUCCUUACACUUUGGAUGCUAACAACUGUUUUGUUGAUCACAACAUGCUCAUGCAUUACCAUCUCAACCUAGGACCAAAAACAGCUGGCAUAUAUGACUCUGAGCAAUACCCAGAGCCGCAUAUCCAGGACCAUACUGACAGUAGCAACAUUCUGGAAAUUGCUGAUUCAAACUUAGUAAACCAUAUCCAAGACUUCAACUAUUCCUCUGACAGUAAUAGCUCACAAACCAGUGAUGCUAGUGAGGUUAGAGAGGAAGACCUACUAGCAUUGGAUGAUAUGUAUGGACCUAGUUAUGGAUAUGAAGUCUUCUAUGAAUAA